AAAUAUAUGUACGCUACUGCCACACAUCGCAUUCAGCCAACUUCACUCGGUAACGCAGACGCACACGGCAUAGGCCGCAUAGAUCUAUCCUAUCUAUCUAUCCGCAGUAUUACACACGUCGAGAAGCCGAACGAUACUUGCCCGAGGCGUUAAUUAUUUUCCUUAAAAGUCCGUCGUGUGAAAAAGCCGUUUCACUACCGACUACAUCUACGUUCGAGCUAACGAUUGUAGUCCGGAACUACACAUACAGCUGCUGCAGCUUUCGUCCAUGGCGAGAGUUUGCCGUGCGUGCGGUGCUGCUUCUUUCCGAGUGUGAACCCAGUUGAGGAAUUCUAUUUUUGGGACUCGGCGACGAGGAUCCCGAUCUAUUCGUAUAAUUGUGGAAGGAAGAGUCGUCCGAAUUAAAAUGGAUGCCCCAGCACUGUCAAGUUACUGGGUGAAAUUCUUUAAAAGUGCUGGUUUCCCAACCGAGCAUGCAACGAGGCAUGCACUUAUAUUCUCCAACAACCGGAUAAAACCAGACAUGUUGCCGGACCUGGAUAAACCCAGCUUGAAGGAGAUGGGCAUUACAUUGAUGGGUGAUAUGAUUGCUAUUCUACGAUACGCCAAGAAGGUUGUGGAAGAGACAACCUGUAAAAAGUUCCUUGUGGGCUCAGAAGAUUCACCCACACCAGCUAGUAAAGUUGUAGCCAAGCCUACAGUUAAGAAAGUAGUUUCCAAGGCAAUAGUGAAGACACCGGCAUCAUCUAAAGCAAAGUCAGAUGCCCCUGCGAAGGUUAUUAAAACAGCUGCAAGUUCAGUUAUCAAGCCUGCGAGCAGUGUUACUGUGAAAAAGAAAGUAACUCCAACAAGUACAAUCAUACACUCUAAAUUGUACUCUGACUAUAUUGAAAAUAAUCAAAAGCCAAAAGUUAGUCCAUUGAAGAGGAAAUAUGAGAGUGAUGAGGAUGAUAGUGAUGGCAAGUGGAAACGCAAUGAAGAAUUACAAAAGCGUCUCAGAGCUUUGAGUGAUGAUGAUGACGACGAAGACGAUGUGGAAGAGUUAAAGUUCAAAGUUCUUGCAACAAAAAAAACAGCUGUAAAGGGUCAGAAUAUUCUUAAGAAAGCCUUAGAACAAAAGAAAACAGUUUUCCAUAGACUGGGAGAUAGUAUGGUAUCAAGUACAACAAGCAGUACUGAGUCGUCUAAUCCCACAUUCAAAGUCACCGGCAUUGGCAAAGAAAGAAAUGCAACUUCUAGUGUAUUUAAUAGGCUUGGAAUCAAGGAUAAUGAAACUCCAUAUAGUAGGCAUUUAAGGAAUGGAGGCAGUGUUACAGCAACCCAAGGUAUACUCAAAUCACGUACACCACUGCUAGGAACAAAAGUAAUCACUACAAAGAAUUCGGGAACAAAAAUAAUCACCACGAAAUCUGCUGUGAAAAAGCCUGUAGGCACUAUGAGAGCUGACGAAGAAGCUAACAAAAAAGCUGUCUCAGAGAGUGUAAGACAACUUGUAAGAACAACAAAAAGUUUGAAAUUUAAUGAGAGUCCUGCAAGAAGUGCAGUAAGAAGUAACAGCUUGCAGACAAGAAAAUUGUCUCUUAAUAGCAAAUUAGCAUCAGAGAGAAUGGCAGUACCUGCCAAAUCUCGCUUGGGUAUAUCAAAGCAAGUGUCAUUUAACAAGAUAGCACCACUGAACCAUAACAAGAAACAAGGAGUUUUUAGUAGAUUAGGCGUUUGAUGUGAUUCUUGAAGAUUUAAAAGCUCUAUUAUAAUUUUAUAACAUUGUACAUACCUAAUAUGAUCUUCAUCAAUGCUCACAUCUUCAUUUUACGUCAUGCGCAUUAGAAUAUUGUUUUUUUAAUGCUAUAUAAAAAAAAAACAUAUUACGAAUCUUGCUCUUUUAAAAAAACUAAUCUAUAUGAAUCGUAAAUUUGAAAAACUAUAAAUGUGCUAGGACUAUUAACAUCGCAAAAAACUAUGAAAAUUUAGUGAUUACAUGAUAUUGAAAAUGUUUCAAAAGAAUGACUUCAAUGAUCUUUGAAUAAAAAAAGGACAAACUAGACAAUUGAAUAAAUUGUUGUAUUAGCUGUA